AUGAGAAAAUAUGGCCUGGCCGCAGACCAAGUCAUCGACGCCAGAAUAGUGGACGUCAAAGGCAGAAUCCUGGACAGGAAAUCAACGGGCGAGGAUCUGUUUUGGGCAAUCAGAAGCGGCGGGGGCGCCAGUUUCGGCGUGAUCACUGCCUGGAAGACUCUACGCUCCGACGUACAAGGAAGAAACAAGACGAUUCGAGCUAAAUUCAACUCAAUAUUCCUCGGAAAAAUCGACUUACUGCUUCCGUUGAUGCAGAAGAGCUUCCCCGUGUUAAGGUUAGGUAGAGAAGGCUGCAGAGAGAUGAGCUGGAUCGAAUCCGUCUUAUUCCUCGCGACAUUCCCCAUCGAUGCGCCUAAAAUGCUUCUCAACAGAACUCAACCUGCGGGGAAAUACUUCAAAGCAAAGUCCGACUACGUGAAGAAGCCCAUCUCCGAAUCAGGGCUCAAAGGCAUAUGGGGGAGGAUGUUCGAGGCGGAGGCCGACCAGUUUUUGAUCAUCCUCACCCCUUACGGCGGGAGGAUGUCAGAGAUUAUGGCCUCCGCCACUCCGUUCCCUCAUAGGGCCGGAAACUUUUACAAGAUCCAGCAUCUUGUAUAUUGGAAUGAGAGCGAGGAUCAAGAUUCCGAAAGCUAUACAAGUUGGAUGAGGAGGCUUUACAGUUUCUUGACUCCUUAUGUGUCGCGCUCGCCUAGGCAAGCAUACCUCAACUACAGAGAUCUCGAUAUUGGAGUCAAUAACUCUAAUGGGAUGACGAGCUAUAAACGAGCAAGCGUUUGGGGUAAGAAGUAUUUUUUGCAAAAUUUUGAUCGCCUUGUCCGAGUGAAGACAAUGGUUGAUCCGCAUAAUUUUUUCAAUAACGAACAGAGCAUUCCGCCAUUGCAUUCAUGA